AUGAAAUUCAUAUCAGUUAUUGUGUUGUCGCUAUUGUCGACGACCAUCAGUGCAGUAGUCAUUGAUCGUCCGUCUACCAGUGAAUCAGAAGCUGUAAAAGAAUGUUCAGCUCAAAUGCAGCAACACACUGAUGCUUGCUCUUCAACUGGAACAGAACAACAAUCUACUGAAACCAAUCAUGAUGUAGCUCAGUCGACUAUAGAUCUUGAUGAUUCAAACAGCUCUGCCGACGAGUCCAAUGAAUCACAGUCACCCUCUCAGUCCAAACAGUCAGAUGAUGCAUAUGGUGGUAUAUCUCAUAGUGAUGUUGAAUCUCCUAAAGGUCGCACCUCGGAAAGUCGAUGGUCUAUUCCCACGCCUGAGCAAAAAUCGGAUAAACUCAAGAGACUCGAGAGAACCAUGAAACAUCUUGGUAUGAAGAUUCCAAGCGAAGUUGGAGAGGGAUAUCCACAUAAUAUGAGCGAUGAACUUUUUCAGAUUCUGAUGGAUCAUGAUUGGAAAGGACAUGACGUUCCUGAUGGUAUGAGAAUGAAUCAACGAAAGGCAGUAUUGGGAUCAAAAUGGGAGCGCCACAUGCUGGAUCUUGAGCCUCCUGAAGAAGGAUCAAUAGAGGUUAUAUCUAAACCUACCCCACAAUUAAAAUCCAGCUUGAAAUCAGGAAACACCGAGUUUAUUCCUGGAAAACACGACCCAAAGCAAGGUAAUUCUAGGGAUUUCCUACAGCGGUUACUUCGCGAUAUCGGUUUAAAGAAACCUAAAGUAAGCUUUGCGACUGAAAAUGAAAUCUUUGAAUAUGAAAGUCAGCCUACUACAUCAACAAGUGAUUAUGAUGAAAGUCAACCUACUACAUCAACAAGUGAUUAUGAUGAAAGUCAACCUACUACAUCAGCAAGCAAUGAGAAUGGAGAACAAUCAACUCAGAAACGCAAAUCAAAGUUCAAACUCAAAAUCAAAACCAAGAAAUUCGAACUACCAAAACUCAAAGUGUAUAAUAGAGCAGCAUUUGGACACUAG